ACUAAUAGGAAGUCGAUCUGUGGUGGCUGUGGAAAUGUCGGAGAAUGUGGCUACUGUUGCAGCUAAUGAUGAUGAGGAGGAAAGCUGGGACUCCCUUUUCAAUGAUGAUGGGGACUGUGUUGAUCCUCAACUUCUGACAGAGCUGACAGUGAGAGGGAAAAACCAUCAGAGCAGAGAGGAGUCUCAAUUUAACUAUUAUGACUAUGAUCCUAAAGAACCAGCCAUGGAUGAUCUAGAACUGUCACAUGUCAUCGAGAUCUAUGACUUCCCUGCUGAGUUUAAGACCGAGGAUUUACUCCGUGCAUUUGCUACUUACCAGAAGAAAGGUUUCGACGUAAAAUGGAUUGAUGAUGCACAUGCCCUUGGUGUGUUCGCCAGUCCAAUCGCAGCCCGUGAUGCAUUAACAUUUAAAAAUCCUAUGCUAAAGGUACGUCCACUAUCACAGGCCACCCGAGCAUCCAGAGCCAAAGCCCGAGCUUGUGCUGACUUUCUGCAGCCUGCUAAAGACCGUCCAGAAACAUCUGCGGUUCUUGCAAGGAGACUGGUGAUUAGUGCCUUGGGAGUGCGGAGUACCCAGAGCCGAGCUGAAAGGGAGGCAGAGCGCAAGAAGCUACAGGAAGCCAAAGCACGGCGGCAUCUAGAAGCAAAACAGCGUGAAGAUGCCUGGGAAGGGAAGUGAUGGCAUCGCUCUUGGAAUACAGCAUCUCGAAAAACGGACAUUGGUUUU